ACGUGGAGAGGGGUUUCGAGUUCUUCUACCCUGGCCUGAGGCCAGGCUUGACAUUGUUGGGGGUUAUGACACACAAUUCAACCUUGGGGCUCUGUGAUCUCCUAAUACAGAUUUGGCCUGGGUGGUCCAUUGCUUGAUCAGGGAAUUUUUACCGGUGGUGUGAUGAGGCUUAUGAAGAGAUGGACUCCACCCUGGUAGUUCAGCAGUACAUCCAACAAACAAUUCGUCUUGACCAUAAUAAUAUUGAUACCAUUCUUAAUGCUCCAGAGACCCAAGAUGAGGGAGUAUGGAAAUAUGAGCAUCUUAGACAGUUUUGUAUGGAGCUGAAUGGUUUAGCAGUGCGGUUACAGGGAGAAUGUCAGCCAGCCACUUGUACACAAAUGACAGCAACAGAGCAGUGGAUAUUUUUGUGUGCAGCACACAAAACCCCAAAGGAGUGCCCUGCAAUUGAUUACACAAGACACACACUUGAUGGAGCGGCUUGCCUUCUUAAUUCUAACAAAUAUUUCCCUAGCAGAGUGAGCAUCAAGGAGUCAUCAGUGGCCAAGCUUGGGUCAGUGUGCCGGCGUGUGUACAGGAUAUUUUCACAUGCAUAUUUCCACCAUAGACAAAUCUUUGAUGAAUUUGAGUCUGAAACCACUUUGUGUCGACGGUUCACUGUUUUUGUGACAAAGUAUAAUCUCAUGUCCCGAGACAACCUCAUUGUUCCUAUCCUAGAGGAUGAAGGUGCUGGACAAGGGGAAUCUGAGGCAUAGAAAAAAUCAAGCGAGAACAUUAUUUAUUAACAAGUUACAGCAUAAAGAAUAGCCAGCUGGCACUAGCAGGUAUUGGCUGUACACCAUGAUUAAAGACAAAGAACCAAAUACUGUACAUGGAAGACUAGCAUUAUAGCUUGGUGGGAUAUGGAUGACAGAGUUGCUGAAAUGUUGAUUUUAAAUCAAAGCUUUUUGCUUUCUUUAAGUUUUAAUUUACAUUGACAGUAAUUUGACAAAUUUAUAAUUAAGAUAUUUUAAUUUCUUGCUAGGCAUGGUGAAAUGCACACUCAUAGUUAAUGAAAUUGUUAAUAGACACCAUAAAAUACAUAAUGCAUAGUUUUAUGGACAUUUGUAAGGUUUGAGAUUUGAAGAAUGCCUGAUAAUUUGUGGGUCUGUUUUUAAAAGAAUUAAUGCAUUAUUGGUUUGGUUUUAUCUAAUUCUUUUCCUCUGAGUAGGAUGCUAUUUCUUGCAGGGAAAGCUUUGACAGUGAAUGCAAGAUAAGACUUAUUUUCUAUGUAAAGAACAGCCACAUAUAUUUGAAAUAGGUGUUCCCAAAAAGAGGCUCUAUACAUGAUUUGUUCAACAUUUUUGUUUAAAAAACAAACAAAAAAAAGGCCAAAGUAGCCUUGAGAAAAGUUUUUAAAUAUAGCAGUCAGGUUCCUGGAUAAUUCCUAACAGUUCUACGUAGUAAUUAUUCCACUACAGUAUUACUAUAUUGAAGAAUAUCUCUUGUGGGAAUGAAUAUACAAUAGUUCAUUUUGCAUCUCUUAGACCUAUAUUGUCAUGAGCAUACUUUCUUUUUUGAACUCCGGAAAGGUGUAGAUAGGUCCAUGUACAGCACUUUAAUUUCAUUACAGCCUUCUGGCAAACAAUAAUGAUGUGGACUAUUCCUACUAAGUGAAAGAUAAAAAAGCAUACAGUAUGAAGGUUUAACUUGUAUAUACACUAUGUAAUACUGUAUUUUCAGUGGUUAACCAGUUAGCCAAUAGUUCUAUUAAUGUUACAUACACAAAUUUAAAAAGAUAAACAUGCUUAAGCAUUCCUUCUAGGUCUUUGACUUCGUUUUUCGUACAUUUCUCCAUGACAAGCCAAUAGCUAUCAUAGAUGGUAAAGCUUCAACUUAGUGUUAUGAUUCCAAUCAUACCAUGCAUAUUUCAACUCGAAGCUUUAAUGCAUAGAGUUGAAAUAUUGUACAUCAAUUUGAUCAUGUUUACAUAGAAGUUGGAGUACUUUAUUUACCUAGAGCUACAUGUAAUUGUCAAGAUCAUUUCAUGAAUUCCUGUUUUUAUCAAAUGAUGAAAUGUUUAAUCUUUUUUCCUUUUUGUAGAGACUGUAAGCAAUGUGUUAGAAAUUAAACAAAUUGUAUUUGUUUAAAAUUACAUUCAAUUUAAUUCUUAAAUCAGUGUAAAUCUUCCAUUAUUUUGAAUCUCAUGAAUUACAUGCAUUACCCCAAAAUUAAUGUAAAUAUGUUAUCUUAUUAUUUAUUAUAAUCAAUAGUACA